CAUGAAGGCUCUUGUUAUACGCUGACACGAGAGAAUCUUGAGACCUACUCAAACAACUCCUAAAGGAAUGAGCUUCAAAGCCAAUUGUAUAACACUUAGCUUCUAGGAUAACGGUCAUUGGUCCAAUUGCAGGACAGUAUAACAAACUAUGAAACGAUCUCAGCGAUUGAAAAAAAAAGUACAACCUGGGUACAAAACAUCAACAACUUCACCGAAAAGACAACCUCCGUGAUACAGACGACUGCUGAUGUGUGCUUUGUUUUAGACCAGGUCUCUACUCUUUUGGGCUAAUGCCAUGCUUGUUGCACGUUGGAUUGAUUCUCUGGACCCUUGGGCAAAGUUAUAUAAAUCAUCGCUGGUGCUAAAUUCAAUAUGGUUCAAGUGUUGAAAUAUGGAGAAUCAAAUUCAUCAGGAAAGUCAUGAAGUUUUCAAGUAUACUGCCCUUAUUUUCAGCUGUUAUUACAAUUGUUGAGGCUGCUAGUGCCCCACAAACAAAACCUUACUCACAAGAUUCUCUUGAACAGUUCGAUUUGUUGAGAUACACCGGUACAACUGGUCCCUAUGUUUCCCAUAGAGGGUUUGGUAUUGAUCCUGAAGCUCCAUAUCAAUGUGAAGUUACACAAGCACAUUUAUUCAUGAGACACGGUGAAAGAUAUCCAACAAAAGGCACUGGUAAAGGUGAGAAAAAGGUUUUCGAAAAAUUGAAAAAUGCCACUGUUGAGGUUUAUAAAGGUCCAUUAAGUUUCAUUCAAGAUUACGAAUUCUUUGUUAAGGAUAAUAACAGACUGGAGACCGAGUCUGAUAAAGGCUUUUAUUCAGGUCUUGGUGAUUGUUAUAAUUUAGGUGCUAAUUUAAGAGCCAAAUAUGAUCAUUUAUUUGAUAGUAAGUCUGUCCAUCCAGUGUUUUCAAGUGGUCAAGAAAGGGUAGUUGAUAGUGCCAGAGCUUUUGCUAAGGGGUUCUUUGCUUCAAACUAUACAGAUCUGGCCUCUAUUCAAAUCAUCCCAGAGAAUGAAACUCAAGGUGUCAACUCUUUAACAACUCAUGAUGCAUGUGUUAAUUACAAUGGUUCAUUUAGUGAUGAGCUUGUCAGUUCAUUCACUGGAAAUGAAUACUUGGAAAGAGCUGCCAUUAGAUUAAAUUCUUUGUCUCCAGGAUUCAACAUUACAGCUUCAGAUGUUUAUGAUUUAUUAGGUUAUUGUGGGUUUGAAUUGAAUGUUCGUGGUGAAUCAAAAGUUUGUGAAAUUUUCACUCAAGAAGAAUUUAUCAAUUUUGCUUAUUCAAAAGAUUUGGGAUUCUAUUAUUCAAAUGGUCCAGGAUAUAACUUAUCAGUCCCAUUAGGUUCAGUUUAUGCUAAUAACACUUACACUUUAAUGAAACAAGGUAAAGAAUAUCCAUAUAAUUUAACUUUUUCAUUCUCUCAUGAUUCAGAUAUUAUUACAUACACCACUGCUUUAGGAAUAUUUGAACCUGAUUAUGAUUUAUCAUUGAACGAAGUUGAGUUUGGGUCCAUUUUCCGCUCAAGUGAAAUUGCCCCAAUGGGUGGCAGAAUCAUCACAGAAAGAUUAGAUUGUAUGGAUGUAUUGACCAAUGAAACUGAUGCGUUUGUGAGAGUCAUAGUUAAUGAUGCUGUUAUUCCAAUCCCAGGUUGUCAAGAUGGACCAGGAUUUACUUGUUCAUUAGAUGGAUACAAAAAAAAUUUUGAACAAAGACCGGGAAACACCAGUUAUGUUGAAGCUUGUGGAGUUAAUAAAACUUAUCCACAGCACUCAUCUUUCUACUGGGACUUUGAAGUCACUUUUGAGGAUAACUGA